CUCAACAUCUGGACGAGUUAAAGAUGGCGAGUCGUUGUAUCAGAGCACAGUGAGAAGAGGAGCUCCUCCUGCUCCUCCUUCUCCUCCUCUUCCUCCUCCUCCUCUCAGCGGCUCACACAGAGAGCCUCUCCCCGGGCUCGGUGAUGUGUCCCAGGCUGUGUUCGUGGCUGCUGCUGCUGUCCUGCUGCUGCCGGGACGUGUCCUCGCAGGAAGUCCCCGGGGCCUCGGUCCUCAGUGCCGGGGACACUCUGGUGUGGGGACCGGGGCUGGAGGCCGACGUGGUUCUCCCGGCGCGGUUCUUCUACAUCCAGGCGGCGGACGGCUCCGGGAGGAAUUUCACAGCAUCCCCCGGUGAGAAUACCUUCGAGGUGAAGAUUGUGUCUCCGGUGGAGCAGUUCACCAGGAUUUGGAUCCAGGUCCUGGAUCGUCAUGAUGGGUCAUUCCUGGUCCGAUACAGAAUGUAUGCCACCUACACGGACCUUCACAUCCACGUUAUGCUCAAGAACAAGCAUGUUGCCAAGUCGCCGUUCAUUCUCAAAGGUCCAGUCUACCACGAGGGCUGUGACUGUCCCCAGCCCAGUGGUUCUGAAUGGGAGGCACACAUGCACUGUCCUCAGUCCUUCCCCCAGAUAGACAAGGACCUGUCUUUUUACCAGAGUGUUGACCCUGAUCGUAACGCUGAGGAGAUCCCGCUGCGCUUUGGACAGCGGCAAAGCCUCUGCCAUUAUACCAUCAAAGACAACCAGGUUUACGUGAAAACUUUUGGAGAACAUGUGGGUUUUAGGAUCUUUAUGGACUCUAUCCUCCUGUCACUCACCAGGAAGGUGCAGCUUCCUGACAUUGAGUUCUUUGUGAACCUGGGUGACUGGCCCCUGGAGAAGAGGAAACCAAGUGACAGGAUUCAUCCCAUCUUUUCUUGGUGCGGCUCCAACAAUACUCGAGAUAUCGUCAUGCCCACUUAUGACCUGACUGAGUCUGUCCUGGAGACCAUGGGCAGAGUAAGUCUGGACAUGAUGUCAGUUCAGGCCAACUCGGGGCCGCCGUGGUCAGAGAAGAACGCCACGGCCUUCUGGAGAGGGAGGGACAGUCGUCAGGAGCGGCUGGAGCUGGUCAAGCUAUCGAGGGCUCAUCCUCACAUGAUAGACGCAGCUUUCACCAACUUCUUCUUCUUCAAGCACGACGAGAGCCUCUACGGGCCGCUGGUCAAACACGUCUCGUUCUUUGACUUUUUCAAGUACAAGUACCAAAUAAACAUUGACGGCACGGUGGCGGCGUAUCGGCUGCCGUACCUGUUGUCAGGAGACAGUGUGGUCUUAAAGCAGGACUCGGGCUACUACGAGCACUUCUACAAUGAGCUGCGACCAUGGGAGCACUUCAUCCCAAUAAGGGCGGACCUGGAAGAUGUGCUGGAAAAGAUCCAAUGGGCCCGUGACCAUGAUGAAGAGGCAAAGAAAAUUGCACUGGCGGGUCAACAGUUUGCCCGCAAUCAUCUCAUGGGAGACAGUAUACUUUGUUACUACUUCAAACUUUUCCAGGCAUAUGCCAAACUCCAGGUGACGGAGCCGGCGGUUCGUGAGGACAUGGAGCUCGUAAAGCAGCCGACUGACGACCUGUUCACGUGUUCCUGCCACAGGACGACGGCAAAAGAUGAACUCUGAUGGACCCGUCACUCACUUACAGAGAAGUCCUUCAUAUCUGAUAAAGUGCCAAAUAAUUUGUACAAAUGUGGAUUAAUUGUUUGACUGUGUGAUAUUAACUAAUAUCACCUUAGGUCAUAUUUUUUAAAUAAAUGUAUUUCUUUUUUA